CCACACUUCCCACUGAAAUCCUGAUAGGUUUGUGUUGGCUACAAUUGUUUUCAUUUUUAAAUAUUGUAUUGUUCUUUCAUUGUUGUUGUUGUUUUGCACUACAAAUAAGACUCGUGCAGUGUGCAUAGGAAUUUGUUCGUUUUUUUUUUUAAUGAUAAUUUGGCCCCUCCAGAGUCUCAAGGAUUGUGGACCGGCCCUCUGCUUUAAAAGUUUGAGGACCCCUGGUCUACAGUGUAGAUGCACCCUUAAACAAACAACAUAAUUCAGCUGGGGAUAGUGCCAAAUUUAAUAAGUGACAUUAAAUAUAAAAUACAGAAUGAUCUGAUUGCAAAUGCUAUGGAGAAGAAUAAUUUCCAGGACAGUAUUAUUGGUGGGAAGUUGGGCGUUCAUUUUGCUUCCCCAGAUGCAUAUCAGAUGCAGUACAAAUAUUAAAAAGUAGGGAAACGAGGAACCAAGCAUUUAUAUUAUUGUUUUCUUCUGAGGAGAGAGGAGAUGUCUCCAAGGGUUAAAAUCACAGCAGCCAAUUUUUCCCCCUUCCUAGAGAGGCCAGGAAAUGUUGCAAAGGGAAAAUCUUCCUUUUCCACCCCUUCAAGGUUUGGAUGGAGAAUUCCUUGCUAUGUUUUGCUAGAUUGAGAGGGAAAAUUGGAAGAUUGCAAAGGGAAGAAUUGCUAGGAGCAAGAAAGCUACAAAUGGAGGCCAGAAGUCCCAACUACCAGCUUUAAGACCACUUUGCUCAAAAGAGAAAGGAAAAACCCAGCCUCCUCCUGCAAGUGGGUCCUGAUCCACACAGAGCCACCGUGAAAGGCAGACUGUUUCCUUCAUGGUUGUGAGCCACAGCCAUUGAAAUUCACGGUCUGUCCCAGUCCAAACUGAAAUGGCCACCAAGGACGUUGCAGCAGCAUUGCCACCUCCACUGAGCCUCUGCUUCCGGGUUGCGCUUGACCAACAGCAGGAGGUCAAAACGGAGACACAGGACCUUAUGGACGCCGACACAGAGAUCCAAGCAGUGUGCAUUGGCGAGUCGCUGGGAUGGGCACCUCAAUUUGAACCGCUACCAGAAAAAGUGGAUUGGGAAGUCCAAGAGAAACAUGUGUUCCUAAAGGUGACAAAAUCCCCUCAUUCAGGAUGCGGGAACCUGCCAUCCACAGAGUCCAGCACCAAUGUUUUCCCAGCAUCUUUUGAGGACAUGGCUAAGGCUUGCAAAUCACUGACCAGGGAGUGUAGGAUCCAGCAGGCACCAAUCCUCUGUGAGGAAAGCAAGUGGACAUUUGGAGGAUCUAGAAUGAGGAAGGACUCCCCAAAAGAGAAAGAAGCUCCUUUUCCAGGGCAGCUGCAAGGAGCAGAGGUGCAGCGACAGCAAUUCCGGCAUUUCGCUUGCCCCGAAGUUGGAGGGUUGUGCGAAGUCUACGGCCAGCUUUGGGACCUCUGCUGCCGGUGGCUGAGGCCGGAGAGACGCAGCAAGGAGGAGAUCCUGGAGUUGGUGAUCUUGGAGCAAUUCCUGACCAUCCUUCCCGAGGAAGUACAAAGCUGGAUCCGGGCCCAGGACCCCGAGAGCUGUGCCCACGUGAUCCUGCUGGCAGAGGAUUUCCUAAGGAGACAGCAAGAGGCCAAGCAGUGGGAACAAGAACGGCAACAGGAUCUGGUGCCCUUUGUAGAGGUGACAGUGGAUUCCCCUGAUGGGGACCAGGUUCCAUCAGACACUGGGCAGAGACUCCUCCUCAAGGAGAUCAAGCAAGAGAGGAAAGGUGGCUGCCAGAUGUAUGAGAAGGAGGAAGAGGAUGAGCAGAGGCCGUAUUCAGAGGCUGAUGAAUUAUGCAGGCUGUUCCCAUCAGAAUCCCAGUCCCCCAUUCUGAGGCACAAAACCAUUGAAGAAGGUUGCAGACUGAAGAAGCUCCUUGAACAGCCACCAGUCAUGAUAUGGGAUGAACCCCCUGUGUGUGUGGAGGAAACCAGUGGGCCUGUCCCAAUAAGGAUGUUCCCUGGGAGAGGGAUCAAGCACUUGUGCCCUGAGUGCGGACGGACUUUCCAGCACAAAUCGACUUUGAUCCGGCACCAGAAGAGCCACACCAAUGAAAGGCCCCACGUGUGCCUGGAGUGCGGGAAGAGCUUCCGCCGCAGGGACAAGCUGACCCGGCACCAGCGGAUCCACACUGGCCAGAAACCCCACAAGUGCCCUGAGUGCGGGAAGAGCUUCCGGGAGAGAGGGAAGCUGGUCAACCAUCAUAGGAUCCACACGGGAGAGAAGCCCUACACUUGCCCAGUGUGCGAGAAGACAUACCGGUGGAAAGAGGAGUUUGUCAAGCACCUGAGGAUCCACACCGGGGAGAGGCCUUAUGCCUGCCCCCAGUGCGGGAAAGCCUUCAUCAGCAAAGCCCACCUGGUUUCCCACCUUCGGAGCCAUAGCGGGGAGAAGCUGCACGAGUGUCCCGAGUGCCGGAGGCGCUUUUGCAGCAAGCAGAGCCUCAACAAGCACCAGCGAGUCCAUGCGGGAGAGAAACCGUACGAGUGCCAGGACUGUGGACGGAUUUUCCAUUACCUUUCAAACUUCGCCAAACACCAGAGAAUCCACAUGAGUGAUGAAAUUCUAUACAAAUUUGGAGGAUUGAACUGCUGUAACACAAAAGGAACACAGUGCAGUGUGGUGAGGUCCAAACCAUCCCCUGGCCUUGGAAAAAUCACUGGUAACAUCCAUUCAGGACUGAACUUUUUUUUUUGCCAGGAGAUAAUGUCUGCAAAGCAAAAAGAUGCAUUCUCUUUGGGUCGACUACAUUGGGAAGUUAAAACAGAGCAGCGAGGCCCAGCCGCCCUUGAACUGGGGAUAGGAAAAGGCCGCCAUGUUGUGGAUGAAUUUGGGGAGAGAAAUGUGCCAAACCACAUGAAACGGGAAUCACACAAGGAGCCGACUCAGCCAUGGGAAGCCCAGUUGCAGGACUUCUUGCAAGCAAUGGAAUCUUCCAACUCAGAAAGGAAAAAUCCACACCAAGACACUUUGGCCUUAAGGGACACGACUCAGACUGUGCUAGGAAAUACAAAGCAAGAGGUUCUGAUCCAGGUUCGGGCUAGUCCCAACAAGGAAGUCCAGCCAUUGGCUAAUGAUCAGUUGGCCAGAGACAAGGAAGAGGGAGGGAAAGUGAAAUCAGAGAAAGAAGAAGACCGUGAGGAAGAGAAAGAUGCCAUUGUCACUGAUGUGCAGUGUCAACGCUUCCGGCAGUUCCUCUACCAGGAGGCUGAGGGGCCCCGAGAGGUUUGCAGCCAGCUCUGGGACCUUUGCCAUCGGUGGCUGAAGCCAGAGAGGCACACCAAGGAACAGAUUGUGGAGUUGGUGAUCCUGGAGCAAUUCCUGGCUGUCCUGCCACCGGAGUUGCAGAACUGGGUUAGCAAAGGAGGACCAAAGAGCUGCUCUCAAGCAGUGGCCCUGGCUGAGGACUUCUUGCUAAAACAGCCGCCCGGAGAGAACAGAAGAAAUCAGGAGGUAGCAAUAUUCAAGAAGGGAGCAGCUGGCUUUUCUGAAGCAGAGGGCACUCCCUUCAGUGCUUGGAAGACACCGCUUUUCAUGGAGAUCAAACAGGAAGGCGAUCAAGGGUCAACCUCAUCAGGAGACUGUAAGGAGCAAAAGCAACUGGAAAAGGUCCCGAGAUUAGAGCUGCAUCAGAUAUUGUCCAGAAGAACUGGGCAGAAUUUUUCUACUUGGCCUCAACAAGAAGACGCAUCCAUGAGUCAAGAAGAGGUCUGCCUUGAGCAAGGAGGAGAUAAAUUUAUUAAUUCCCAGGGGCGGUAUGUGGAGCUUGAGGGGAAUGUAGUCCAGCUAACUAUUCCCAUCAGCGAGGCACAGAAACCUGGAAGUGAGCGAGAGAAGUCAUGUGUUCACUGUGGCAAAGACUUCCAACUCAAGUGCAACCUUCAAGCUCACGAGAGAACCCACACGGGUGAAAAACCCUACAAGUGCUCAGUGUGUGCAAAGGGUUUCAGCACAAGAGCUUAUCUGAUCACCCACGAACGCAUCCACACAGGGGAGAAGCCCUACCAGUGUUCGGACUGCGGAAAGAGCUUUUGUGACAAUUCGAAUUUAAUAGUCCAUAAGCGGACCCACACCGGGGAGCGGCCCUACAAGUGCACGGAUUGCGGGAAGAGUUUUCGGGAGAGGCCGGUCCUUAUCAGACACCAGAGGAUCCACACAGGGGAGAAACCCUAUAAAUGUCGGGACUGCGGGAAAAGCUUCAGCCAGAGCUCAGGGCUCCUGGUGCACGAACGGACCCACACACGGGAGAAGCCCUACACCUGCACCGACUGCGGGAAGAGCUUUGGUGGCAACUCAAAUCUGAGGGUACACAUGAGAAUCCACACUGGGGAGAAGCCGUUCCGAUGUUCGGACUGUGGGAAGAUUUUCAGUGACAGGUCGCUUCUUGUUAGGCAUCAAAUAACCCACCAGGAGGAGAAAUGUUAAGAAAAACAAUAACCACAGACUUAUUAUCUUAGUAGAAACUGUGAAGGUUUGUCUAGAGUAUUGCUUCCUAAACUGUGGGUUCCAAACCCUAAUGGGCUCCUCUUAGCUCAAUGUUGAGGUCAUGAAAAAUUUGGCAACAGUAAAAGGUUUCGGAACAUCACCCAUUUACAUGUAUCUGUUAGCAACAACAUGCAGUGUUUACAAUGGACUCUGCAGAAGAUGCUUCAGCUGUACUCCAUAAAAAGGAAAAUCACCCUGUUUAGCAAAUCUUGCAAAAGCUGAUUCAUUAUCAGUAAAUGUUUAAUUUUUAUUCCUAUUUGAUAUAGCAAUAUACCUAGGGCCACGUAAAAAUUUCUCAAGCGGAAAGGGGUUGCAAAUGGAAAAGUUUUACAAGCCCUGAUCUAGGGAGCUAACAACCACGGACUUGUUAUCAAUAAGCAGAAGCUGUGAUGGUAUUUCUGUGUUGUCUAAAAUGUUAAGAUACUGAUAUACAGUUGGCCCUCUACAUUUGCAAGUUUCACUUUGGGGGGAUCUCUGGUCCUCUAGCAUGAUUCUAUGGUCAACAUUUACUGGACGUUAGCCACAAAGUUAUCUGGAACACGUAGCGAGAACACUUCUCUGGGCACUUACAGGUCCUCCAGCAUGAUUUUCUGGUUCCGAAGAGGUUGCCCAUAGAGCUGUAUGGGAGGGCCUAGGGAUUUCUAGAGAAAUGUUAUCACAGGUUUUAAAAAACUGUAUUUUUAAUUUGCAUUUUUCCACUUUUGUGAAGCAGUCCUGUGCUCCCAACCGCAGCAAAUAUGGAGGGAUGGCUGUAGAGUACAACAUGUCUGUCCAUGGUUUCUCUUACCCACACUCUAAAUCAUAUCUUUUCCUGGAAGUGAUUGUGGACCUCUCUAGGUCCUUCAGUGUGAUUCUGUCCAGGCCAAGGAUAUACAAAAUAUAGGGUUCACUAUUAGCCACAAUUUUAGAUAUCUGCAGGGAUCUUGAGGUAUGUUCUUCAUGGAUAGGUAAAGGUAAAGGUUUUCUUCUGACAUUAAGUCUAGUGUCAAACUCUGGGGGUUGGUGCUCAUCUCCAUUUCUAAGCUGAAGAGCCAGAGUUGUCCGUAGACAAAGUCAUGUGGCCGGCAUGACUGCACGGAGUGCCCUUACCUUCCUUCUGGAGCGGUACCUAUUGAUCUAUUCACAUUUGCAUGUUUUCAAACUGCUAGGUUGGCAGAAGCUGGGGCUAACAGUGGGCGCUGACCCUGCUCCCCGGAUUUGAACCACCGACCUUUCAGUCAGCAAGUUCAACAGCUCAGUGGUUUAAUCCGCUGCGCGAUUGGUGGUUCCCUCUUCAUGGAGACAGGGGUCAUAUUUUACACAUGUUAUGGUCCCCAAUUCCAUGGGGAAUGCGUAAUCUCUAUUCAGUAUUAUCCACAAUGUUAGGAAUCCAAGGUGGGUUUUGGAAUGUAUGUCAAUGACUAUUAGAGUUCUAAUGUACACAAUAUGGUAUAAUCCUAUGCAUCUCUAUUCAAAAGUAAGUCCCAUAGUUUUAAGUAGGAUUUAGACCACACUAAGCAGGAGUGUCAAAGUCAUUUUCAUGGAGGGCCACAUCCGCCUUCAAAGGGCCAUUGAAUCAAUGGAUGGAGAACCCGUAGGUAUAGAAAACUAACUAUAAUUUUUUCACAUAGUGCUUGGUGCUUUUACCCAGUUUAGGUCUCCAGAUGUUAUUGAAUGACAACUCCCAUCACUUUAGAUUAUCUGCCAUGCAAACUGGGAAUAAUGGGAAUUGCAACCCAAUAGCACUUGGGGAAAAGUUAAGAGAUAUUUUAAAGUCAGGCAUCAUAUCUACAAGCCUUAUAUCUAAAUUCAUACCCUAAUCUGACUAAACAGAGCAAACUUCAGCCUUCCAGAUAUUAUUGCAUCACAACUCUCAGCAGCUGUAGUCCUCACAUCUAAUGAUAAGGAAUAAAGAAAUUGCAGAAGUUAGCUGCCAUUUCAUACAUACAUGCAAUGUCCGGAAAUGUAUUUAUUAGUUAUUUAUUUAGAGUAUUUAUACCCACCUCUUCGGCCCCAAAGGCUUUCAGGGCAGCUUAUGGGACAGAGAAGGAAAAGGGAAUGGCAGUAAGCAAGGGGAUGCAAAUGCACUAUAGAAUGAAUGCGGUUUGAUCCCUGUUUUAACUACCGUGGCACAAUACUAAAGGAAUUGUAGUUUUGCAAGGUCUUUAGCCUCCUUUGCCCAUGGGUCCUGUGCCUUGCUAAACUACAGUUCCCAGGUUUCCACAGCAUUGCUCCAUGGCAGUUCAAGUGGUGUCAAACUGUGCUCAUUCCACAGUGUAGACACACUAUUUUUUAUUUGAAAUCCACUCCUUUCAAGGAGGAGGCUGCUAUUUUGUCCUUUGCCUCAGGCAGCAAAAUGUUUAACUAGUUCUGCCAUAUGGCACUAUAAUAUCUGCAGAGAAAGUUCAUUUAAUUUUCUAGUAGGGUGAAAACGUCUAGGAUGUUAAACUGUACUUUCUAUAACUCCCUUGCCACUUUUUGGGGUGCAAGUGGAUAAGGUCUGUAAUAAUAAACGAUGACUUGUAUAUAUGUGUGUGUAGGUUUAUUUAAAACUAGGAAUGAUUCUCUCUCCAUUCUUAGACUUCAGCUGCUCUUCCAACAGUAUUUUAUUUUUGUAUUAGUUUUGCCUUCCAAGACAUGAGGACUAGCCCUGUUACGAGGCUUGGUUGCAUCUACAUUGUAGAAUUAAUACAGUUUGACACCAUGGUUCCAAUGCUAUGGAAUGAUGGGAACUGUAGUUUUGCAAAUUCUUUGGUCUUUUCUGCCAAGGAGUGCUGGUACACCACCAAACUCCAGUUCCCAGGAUUCCAUAGAAUUGAGUCAUAGUGGUAAAGUGGUGUCAAGCUACAUUAAUUUAGCACUGCUGAUGCAGAGUGGGGCAACUGACAGAACGGAUAUUAGGUUGCUUUGAGUUUUCCAGGCUGUAUGGCUGUGUUCCAGAAGCAUUCUUUCCUGAUGUUUCGCCCACAUCUAUGGCAGGCAUCCUCACAAACUCUGAGGAUGCAUGCCAUAGAUGUAGGUGAAAUGUCAGGAGAGAAUGCUUCUGGAACAUGACAAUAAUAAUAAUAAUAAUAAUAAUAAUAAUAAUAAUAAUUAUUAUUAUUAUUAUUAUUAUUAUUAUUAUUAUUUUAUUCUUAUACCCCGCCCCAUCUCCCCAAAGGGACUCGGGGCGGCUUACACGGGGCCAUGCCCAAACACAACAGUAUAAUAACAACAGCAAGACAAUAAAACAAAUUACUCAACAAUAACACAUCAGCAUCAAUAAAACAGUCAUAAAAGGUCAACAUACAAAUUAAAAUGUUAAAAAACAGGAGAUGAAUACACGGAUCUGGGCCAAAGUGCAGAAUAUUUCAGACAGCCGGAAAACUCACAGCAACCCAGUGAUUCCAGCCAUGAAAGCCUUCAACAACAGAAUAGAUCUUGAGUUAUGUAUCCCACCAUUUGUCAUCUGUCUUCUUCCCUCCAGAUCCUCAUGUGUUUUAAAGAAAAAGUUCGUAUUCGCAAUCCUUCAAACAUAGGAGCUCCAGCUUCAUCUGUAGUCAGGGAUUCUGGGACCUGCAGUCCAAAAACACUUGGAGGACCCAAGUUUGAAAUCCACUCUAAUGGAAGACAGUGUCCUUUUGAAAUAAAAUCCAACAGCCAGUCUAGUUGGCGUUUGUAACAUAGAAGCAAGUAGCGGAUGGAAAUAGGAACCAAUGUAUACUUUGCCUCGGGCAGCCAAAUGUUUUGGGUUAGCCCUGAAUGUAAAUUUGUAAUUAAAAAAAUCUAACAAAAGCUUAUUAUUAUUGGUGUUGUUCUGGCUAGCUAACAAAAUCUUGCACACAGUAUAAGGCACAAAGGUGUUUAUAUUGGAUAAGUGAGACUCUACUGUAUCUUUAUUCAGGUUCAAGAGUCUAUAUAUAUAAAAGGUUAAUGAAAUUUCGGCCUAGGACAAAACAACAAAACUGCACAUCCCAUAAACACUAAACUUGGCAGCACAACCCCUCAUCCAUGCCUCUACGUUCAUACAACAAAAAGAAAAGAAAAAUAAAGUCUUAAUUAGAGGGAGAGGAAUAAUUGUUUUUAUCCAAUUGCUGCCAGUUAGAAGGCUAAGCUCCGCCCACUUGGUCUCCUAGCAACCCACUCAGCCCAGGAGACAGGCAGAGUUAGGCCUCACUUAGGCCUCUUCCACACUGCCUAUAAAAUACAGAUUAUCUGAUUUUAACUGGAUUAUAUGGCAGUGUAGACUCAAGGCCCUCCCACACAGCUAUAUAACCCAUUUAUAAUGGACUUAAUGUCAGGGGAAAAGCUUUACCCUUUACCUUAACUACCACCAAUUCCUCAAUACUUUAUUUCCCAUACUACCAUACUUCACCACAGCAAUGCGUGUCCGGGCACAGCUAGUUCACAUAUAUAGGGCAACAAUAUGUAACAGUCCUUUUAAAUAUGCCUCAUCUCUUCUUCAAAUAGUCAAACUUUGGAGAGCAUGACAGCCAUUACAUUCCUGACCAAAAAUUCCUGUCAGCUUCUUUUCUCCACUCUCCAGAAGAAGCAAAAUAUGAACUGUUAAUGUCAGUUAGAAAAACCGUUGGUUUGCCUCUGCUAAGCCAGAGGCAGCAACCAAUCAGAAUGCUGGCUGGGUGAGCCAAGCAGCUGUCGCCAUAGCAACCCUUUCCGGUGAACUCAUCGCAAUAUGGAGUCUUUAUUUCAUAUUCCCUCACAAUUUGUAUUACUCAUUAUUGCACUGAGAUAUCAGCUGUUGUAUUGGGAAUCACUGGGUAAAUUCUUGGUCCUGUUGUCGACCGCGUUUUAGGGGAUCGGGCCCUUAAGGAGAGACCCGACCCGGUCCUGAGGGAACGGACCUUGGCGAAGCCAAAAGGAGAAUAUAAGCCGCAAUACAACCUGAAGCCGAAAUGAAGAAGGUCCGCCAAAGUUGAAGGAAAAUCCGCCAAGGAGUCUUUAUUGAGCGAUUCAGCUGAAAAGGACACUAGUAGCGAUCAUUCAGUCUACUAGCGUACCAUAUAUCCAAAAUAAAGCCAUAUUUAUACAAUG